GCCUCCGGGUCUCAGGAAGCUGUUUCAGCACUGACGUGGCCCGAGUCAUGUCUCCAUGAUGUGGAUGCUUCACGUUCUCCUUUACACUCUGCUCUAUAAUCGUAGCUCUGUGUGCAGCUAUGUAUGUCCAGAGAAAUGUGUGUGUGAACCGGCAGCGUCUGUGCAGUGUUAUAGGGUGCAGUCUGUACCCUUGGGCAUCGCAGGAGACGUGAGGAAACUGAACUUAGGAUAUAACCACAUAAAGGAGAUAAAGGGUAGAGAAUUGUCUGGCUUGCCAGGUCUUGAGGAAGUCAUCCUGUCAUCAUGUGGAGUGGAGCAGGUCGACGCCAACACAUUCAGGGCUCAGAAGCAUUUAAAAUCUUUGGAUCUCCAGAAGAACAAGCUGCGCCACCUCCCUCGUGGUCUUCCCUCCAGCCUCGAGAUCCUCCACAUGGGUCACAACCGGAUCCAUGUGCUGCAGGAGUCUGCUCUGCAUGGCCUGAAGCGACUUCAUGUGCUAAAUCUGCAGAAUAACAUGAUUACCACAGUGCGUGCCAACAUCCUCUCAGCACUGCUAAAGCUGGAGUUUCUCUAUCUGGAUGGUAAUAAAAUUGAGACCUUACAGGGGAGUCUCAGGUUGCCCGUGCUGAAUUUGUUUAGUCUGGCGAAUAAUAAGAUCUCAUCAGUCCCAUCAGCUUUCUUCUCAUCAUUGGGCCUUCUAAAGACUUUAGACUUGUCCUCAAACCUUCUCACCAAAGUUCCUCACAAUCUCCCACAAGCCUUGAUUCACCUGAACCUGGACAGAAACCAGAUCAGAUUGUUAAAAAGCCGUGAUCUGGCCCAACUGUGUGACCUAACGACUCUGUCUGCAUGCCACAACAGACUGGUGUCUGUAGACGGCGGUCUUCGGCUGCCCAAUCUCACCGUGUUGGAGUUGGCAGGUAACCAGCUGAGACUGCUGCCCAGCAGGCUGUCGACUAAACUUGAGAAGGUGGACUGUGGGCAGAAUCAGAUACAGGAAGUGACCCAUCAGCAGCUGUCUGGUCUGAGGCACCUGAAACAUCUCUUUCUGGAGAACAACACCAUCCGACAGUUUGAACCCAAUGCUCUGAGGGACUGUGUUCACCUCACCAACCUGGCUCUGGAGCAGAACCUCCUCUCCACCAUCCCACAUGGGCUCCCUGAAUCACUAGUACGCCUGGAUCUGAAAGGUAACCACAUUACCACAAUUCAGGACCGCGCCCUGAAGCCCCUCAAGCGGCUUCGAGUGCUGAAUCUGCGCAACAACCGGCUCUCCUCGCUGGCUGCCAUGAACCUUCUCCCCAGACUGAAGACUCUAUACCUAGAGGGAAACCUGUGGAACUGCACAUGCGAGCUCCUCAAGGUCAAAAGAGCGCUGCUGGCUCGGGAUGUGGAUAUAAGCACAGAAUUUUGCACUGAACCUGUCCAUUCAUCACUGGACAUUUGGCAAGCAUACAUCAUGGCCCAAGAGACGUGUGAGGAGCAGAACAGAGACUUCUUACCAGAAAGCCACACAGUAAACACAGACAAUGAGGAGUACGAUGACUAUGACUUUUAAUAUGCAGAAUAAAAACAGAAAGUUCAGUAAAUGUUAGAAUUACAAUGUGCAGUUCACUUUUUAUACAGUACAGGGAUUUUUUCCCCGUCACUAUGUAUCCGAGUGUAUGUAAUGCAUUUUUAGUGUGUUAUUUUUUUUAUUAUUAUUCUAAAGUCUAGACUCUAGAUUGACCAGGUUUAAGACUUCACCUACAGUAACCCAUUGAACCACCAGAGGACGCCACAGAUCUUAUUACUGUAACUCUACUUAAAUUCUUUUUUUCUACGCAUUAUUCCACAUUACAUUACUAAAUAAAUAAUUUUGUACAUUUUGUUA